UUCACUGCAGCUGAGUACUUUCGAUAUGUGAGGUGGAUUGUUGAUAAGUUUUUUGGUUUGGAUCAAAAGCGCAAAAGGAUAUUUCAAGAAUUGGAUGGUUUCUUCCAAAGGGUAAUUGAUGUUCAUGUAAACUCAUGGAGAGAAAAAAAAAAGGAAAAGGAAGACAUUAUUGAUGUACUUUUGAGAAUUAUAAAGGAGCAAACUAGGAUAGGAGCUUUUAAUUAUUUAUCUUAUUUGGUUAGUUUGUGAAUUGUUGCAAGUCUAUGAACUCUUAGCACUUGGAUUCAAGAAGACUAAUUAAAAUUAUGUAAGGACAAUUCUGAAUUUUCAAUUUGUUUUUGGAUAAAUUCCUAUGCAGUACAUGUUUAUAACUAGUUUAUUUACCGAAUAAAUAUUUUUUAGUGCAGAACAUAUAUAUUUUUAGGUGGGGUAAAUGCUGGUGCAAUUACCAUGGAGUGGGCAAUGGCACAAGAUGAAGUUAGAACUUGGAUUGGAAACAAAGGAAAAGUCUCAGAAACUGACAUUGAUCAGCUUCAAUACCUCAAAAUGAUUGUCAAAGAAACUCUUAGGCUGCACCCACCUGCUCCUCUACUUCUCCCCAGAGAAACCAUAUCACAUGUCACUAUUAAUGGAUAUGAGAUUGAGCCAAAAACAAUGUUACAAGUGAAUAUUUGGGCAAUUGGACAAGACCCCAGAAGCUGGAAGGAUCUUGAAGAGUUUAUCCCUGAGAGGUUUUUGGACAACUCCAUUAAUUUGAAAGGUCAACAUUUCGAGAUGCUGCCAUUUGGUUCAGGGCGAAGGGCGUGUCCUGCCAUUCAUAUGGGAACCACAAUGGCUGAGCUUGGCCUUGCAAAUCUCUUAUACAGCUUUGAGUGGAAAUAGCCUGUUGGAAUGAAAGUGCAAGAUAUCAACAUGGAUGAGUUUGCUGGUCAUUCUCUUACCAUCUCCAAGAGAACUGCUCUCAACAUGGAUGAGUUUGCUGGUCAUUCUCUUACAUUGAGGCCACUAUAGAAGAACAAAACAUUUUUUACCGUAAAUUUCUGACAUUUUUUAAAUAAAAUGAUUUUUUUUUAAAUACUCUUUUUUUUUAUCUGUUAUUUAUAAUUUUACGUCUUAAAAUUUUUAAUUACAAAAAUAUACU